CCCGCGCCGGCUCGGAUUGGCCCCGCCGGCGGCCCGUCCCGCGUCGCGCUGCGGCCCGUCGGCGCGACGCCGCCUCCUUAGUCGGCAUCGGAGGAAGAUGGACGCAGCUACUCUGACCUAUGACACUCUUCGAUUUGCCGAGUUUGAAGAUUUCCCAGAAACCUCAGAACCUGUUUGGAUCCUGGGUAGGAAAUACAGCAUUUUCACAGAAAAGGAUGAGAUCUUGUCUGAUGUGGCGUCAAGACUUUGGUUUACAUACAGGAAAAACUUCCCGGCCAUUGGGGGCACGGGCCCCACCUCGGAUACCGGCUGGGGCUGCAUGCUGCGCUGUGGACAGAUGAUCUUUGCCCAAGCUCUAGUGUGCCGGCAUCUGGGCCGAGACUGGAGGUGGACGCAGCAGCGGCGACAGCCGGACAGCUAUUUCAGCGUGCUCAAUGCCUUCAUCGACAGAAAGGACAGCUACUACUCGAUCCACCAGAUAGCGCAAAUGGGAGUCGGCGAGGGCAAAUCCAUUGGGCAGUGGUACGGGCCCAACACAGUAGCCCAGGUCCUGAAGAAACUUGCCGUCUUUGACACGUGGAGCGCCUUGGCUGUCCACAUCGCCAUGGACAACACAGUGGUGAUGGAGGACAUCAGAAGACUCUGCAGAGCCAGUGGUCCCUGUGCGGGCGCGGCCGCCUUCCCCACAGAUGCGGACAGGCACUGUAAUGGACUCCCUGCUGGAGCCGAGCUCGCCAACAGGCCAGCAUCCUGGAGACCCCUGGUGCUUCUCAUACCACUGCGGCUGGGGCUCACUGACAUCAAUGAGGCCUAUGUGGAGACACUGAAGCACUGUUUCAUGAUGCCCCAGUCUCUUGGGGUGAUCGGAGGGAAGCCUAACAGUGCCCACUACUUCAUCGGCUACGUGGGUGAGGAGCUCAUUUACCUGGACCCCCACACGACACAGCCGGCGGUGGAGCUGACUGGCAGCUGCUUCAUCCCAGAUGAGAGCUUCCACUGCCAGCAUCCUCCAAGCAGGAUGAGCAUCGCAGAGCUUGACCCGUCCAUCGCUGUGGGCUUCUUCUGUAAGACAGAAGGUGACUUCGACGACUGGUGCCAGCAGGUCAGAAAGCUGUCCCAGCUUGGAGGUGCCUUGCCCAUGUUUGAGCUGGUGGAGCAGCAGCCUUCUCACCUGGCCUGCCCUGACGUCUUGAACCUGUCCUUAGAUUCUUCAGAUGUAGAGCGACUGGAAAGAUUCUUUGACUCAGAAGAUGAAGACUUUGAAAUCUUGUCCCUUUGAGAGUCCUGCAGCUGGGAUGGUCUCUGCUGGCCCUCACUGGGGUGCCCUCGAGAGCCAGCCUUGCCUUGGGGUCCUCAGGGCCACUGCAUCUCAUCCAUCCAGCCCGCCCAGUGCGGAGGCCCAUCCUGGAGGAGAGGGACCGCUCAGCCCAGCCCAGGGUGCAAACGCGGAGCCCAGCCCGGGGCUCACCCUUGCAGCCUGCAUCAUGCCGCUCCACCCUGCUGCUUUCUGGGUUUGCUUGGGGAUUAAAGUCCUGUUUGAAGUCGCUCCA